AUGUCCGCCGAUUUCUGGGCUGGAUAUGUGUCUGGAGCCAUCGGCAUUUUGAUCGGCAACCCUCUGGACAUUGUCAAGACAAAACUCCAAGCCGGCUCAGCAUCGAAAGCAACGACAGAUAGAUCUUCAUCGCUUUCACAGGCCCAACGCUCUCUCUCCGCUCAUGAUACCACACCCGGCUCUUUGACAAAAUGGACUCAAUUCGCCCGGGGCGCUGCAGCUCCUAUAUUAGGCUACGGCGCUCUCAAUGCCAUCAUGUUCAUGACCUACAACCGUUCUUUGUCCUAUGUUCAAACGGGGAACUGGCAUACUCUUCCUCAGGACUUCACUUCCCAGCCUGAAUGGUGGAAAAUCUGGUCAGCAGGAGCUGUAGGAGGUCUCGCAACAUUUUUCGUCUCCACCCCUACAGAACUUGUCAAAUGUCGUGCUCAAAUAUCGUACCAAUCCUCUUGGAAAGUUACUCAAGACCUGUGGCGAACUACGGGCCUGAGGGGAUUGUACAUGGGAGGGACAAUCACGGCUGUGAGAGAUAGUGUGGGUUAUGGGUUUUACUUCUGGUCGUACGAGUUGGCGAAGAGGACGGUCGUGAACGAGAGUGACAGCCACACACAGGAAGCCCUGAAAGUACUGUUCUGCGGUGGGUUGGCAGGUGUAGUGACUUGGGCCAGCAUUUUCCCGUUAGAUGUGGUGAAGACGAGGGUGCAGACUUGGGAUCUUGUGGGUCGAGGUGAUGCUUCUCAGCCUCUUUUGGGAACGGCUAGUCAGGCGACUGUGACUGAGAGGCCUGGUAUUUUCAAAAUUGCGCAGCAAGUGUACAGGACCGAGGGCGCUGGAGCGUUCUUUCGAGGAUUAGGGGUGUGUAGCGCGAGGGCGUUCAUUGUGAAUGCAGUGCAGUGGGCGGUUUACGAAUGGACGAUGAAACUAUUGACGACGAAGAAAUGAGAACCUAGAAGAGAACCUUGGAGCACAUCCAUGAUUAAGGGCCUGUUCAAUAAGUUGUC